GCUUGCGCUCACCAACCUUGGCGUCCUCACGUCCACGCGAGGUGGCGAUGGCGGAACGGCUCGUGCGCAAUGAGUUAUGUCCGGUGACAUUCCGCUGCAGAGGGUCGUGGGUUCUGCAUCUACCAUCGCAUUCGUGUCCGAGCGAGGCGAUAAAGCUCCCGUCGGUAAGUCUCCAUCGCGCCACGUGGAGGCGUCCAACCCGACGAUCAUCGGCGCUUCGCCAAGGGCUGUGCUUCAAUCCGCGCAAGCAGCGAGCGCCGCUGGCCAUGCCACCGCCCUCGGUAGUCGAGAAAGGCGAGAAGAUCGGAGGGUGGAAGAGGCGGGGAGAAAACAGGAGAGGAGGGAGGAGAGUCCGCGUGGGGAAGAAGAGGACGACCAGCCUCUGAGGGCGAGGAAGAAAAGGUCCCGCCAAGAGGAGGAGUUCGAGGCGAAAUCGAAGUUGUGGGUAGACGGCAAAGCGUUCUAGGCACCCGGCCCCGGACGGAUGAUCGGGGACGCGGUGCAUUCCUGCGCGGACUACUUUUGCGCGAUCAUCAAUGGAGAUGCAGGCGCCAGCGCUUCGCAAGGCCUCAUGA